CAAGAAGUCAUGGCGCGAACCAAGCAGACGGCGCGUAAGUCCACCGGAGGCAAAGCCCCCAGGAAGCAGCUGGCCACCAAGGCUGCCCGCAAGAGCGCCCCGGCCACCGGCGGCGUGAAGAAGCCUCACCGGUACCGGCCCGGUACCGUGGCUCUGAGAGAGAUCCGUCGCUACCAGAAGUCCACGGAGCUGCUGAUCCGCAAGCUGCCCUUCCAGCGGCUCGUGAGAGAGAUCGCUCAGGACUUCAAGACCGACCUGCGCUUCCAGAGCUCCGCCGUUAUGGCGCUGCAGGAAUCCAGCGAGGCGUACCUGGUCGGCCUGUUCGAGGACACCAACCUGUGCGCCAUCCACGCCAAGAGGGUCACCAUCAUGCCCAAAGACAUCCAGCUGGCCCGGCGCAUCCGCGGAGAGCGCGCUUAGCCCGUCCGCUGACCCGCCACCACAAGGUGCCAGUGCCCCUCCUGGUUCCCCUUGGGGAACCCCGCUUUUUUCCUAACCUAAC